UUCAAAUGCUUUUUUAUUUCACUGCUCCGGCCGUCCACGAUUGCUCCUAAGGAAAACAAAAAAAACCCGCUAAAACCCUGAUUCUAGGGUUUUCCAUUCUGAUCUUCAUAGUAACUUAUAAUAGCUCAAGUCAGUUGUUCUUCCCUCCAUUUCUUGCUUUUAACUUCAAUAAAAAUUAACUUACGAUGCUGAUAUUCUCAGCUAAACUACUCUAGCAUUUACUUGUUUUGGCCUUUAAUCUGCUGAUUGAUUAACGAACUUGAAGGAAUAAAGAUGCUGUGUUUGCGUAGGGCAUUUUUGGUAGUUUUUGUACUUUUAGUGGCGGAGAAAACGGCGUCAAAUUUGGCUUCUGGUCCUCACAUUACCGAUGUAAACAUUCUUUUGCCUCCUAAAAUGACUCAUCCUGUCGAGUACCGGCUUCAAGGAAGUGAUGGUUGCUUCAAAUGGUCAUGGGAUCAUCAUGAUAUUUUAUCUGUUCUACCUGAAUAUAAUUUAAGCAGCCACUGUUCGACGAGUGCACGACUUAGAUCAAUAGCUCCUUUUAGUGGUAGAAAGGAAACUGCAGUUUAUGCUGCUGAUGUAAACUCAGGAAUUGUUAUUCGUUGCAAAGUUUUCAUUGACAACAUUUCCAGAAUUCAGAUAUUUCACAAUUCAAUUAAAUUAGAUUUGGAUGGAUUAGCUACUCUGCAAGUUCGUGCCUUCGAUAGUGCAGAUAAUGUCUUCUCAUCAUUAGUGGGCCUGCAAUUCAUGUGGCAUCUACUACCUGAAACUGGUGAAUUGCCACAUCACCUUGCUCAUGUUCCUUUGAAGGAAUCUCCCCUGAGUGACUGUGGUGGAUUAUGUGGUGAAUUGAACAUCCAAAUAAAACUUGAAGAUAGUGGUGUAUUCUCGGAUUUGUAUGUGGUGAAAGGGGUAGGGAUUGGGCAUGAAAAUGUGUCUGUGCAUUUGCUUGAGCCACGGUUAAAGCACAUGGCUGAUAAGAUUGUUCUAACAGUAGCAGAAGCAAUGUCACUCGAGCCUCCCUCACCUGUUUACAUCCUCAUUGGUGCUGCUCUUCAAUAUAGUCUUAAAGUUAUUCGUGGAAAUAUCCCACAAGUUGUAACUUUACCAUCUCCAUAUCAUAGUUGGUCUGUUUCCAACUCGUCUGUGGCUGAGGUGAACUCUAUGAUAGGUUUUGCUCGUGCACUGAACCUAGGGGUAACAAUAGUCAUUGUUGAAGAUACUAGAGUUGCUGACCACGUACAAACGUCUUCACUCAAUGUGGUUUUACCGGAUAGUUUACAUUUGUAUAUAAUACCGAUGUCCCUUUCUGGUGAUUCUGUGGAAGAGGUGAAAGCCAUUCCAUUUAUGGAAACUUGGUAUGUUGUUUCUGGUCGUCAGUAUCUUAUUCAAAUAAAGGUUUUCUCAUGGGGACCUGAUGCACAUGAAAUAUAUAUUACAGAGAGUGAUGAUCUUAAGUUGCAUAAUGAGCAGUCUGAUUGCUGGACAAUUUUCAUGCUGUCAAAGGAUAUUGAGGCCAAAUAUGUCUGGCAGAAUUCUAGAGUCCUGAGAGCAGCCUCACGGGGACUGGGAGAAUUGAAGGCUUCUUUAACUUAUUUUACCGGGCACCAGGAAACAAAGGAGGUUAUUGAGGUUGUGCAAGAAAUAAUUGUUUGUGACCAAGUGAAGUUUAGUUUGGAUAGAACAAGUAGUACUUCUCAAAAUAUUCUUCUUCCCUGGGCCCCUGUUGUUUACCAGGAGGUGGAGCUAAGUGCUACAGGAGGUUGUGCAAAAGCAUCCAGUGAUUACAGAUGGUUUUCUUCUGAUGCUGCAAUUGUAUCAGUAUCUGCAUCGGGGAUUGUUCAGGCAAAGAAGCCUGGUCAAGCAACAGUCAGAGUAGUGUCCAUUUUUGAUCCAUUCAAUUAUGAUGAGGUUGUUGUUGAAGUUUCUGUUCCUUCAUCUAUAAUUAUGCUACAAAACUUCCCUGUGGAGACUGUUGUAGGGUCACAUGUCUAUGCUGCUGUAACAAUGAAAGCAUCCAACGGUGCUUCCUUCUAUAGUUGUGAUGCUUUUCACUCGUUCAUAAGAUGGAAUGCUGGAAGUGAGUCCUUUGUUGUUGUCAAUGCGACAGAGGAUCCAUCUGUUUUGGAAAAGCUAGGAAAUGCUGAGCUCCAUAGUUAUGGUGCACCGUGCUCAUGGACUUAUAUAUAUGCUUCUGCUUCUGGUCACACCAUGCUGCAUGCAACACUGUCAAAAGAAUCUUACAUAUAUGAUCAUUCUUUUCAUGGAUCUACCGUUUUGAAAGCAUCAACACAUAUUGCAGCAUAUCCACCACUUACUGUGCAUCAAGUAGGUGAUGGAAACCAAUUUGGCGGGUACUGGUUUGAUGUUGCUCAUGUGGGAGCAAGUAAUCACCUAGGGAAUUUGGAAGUGCUACUAUAUCUUGUCCCUGGAACAAGUUUAGACAUUAUUCUUCUUGGAGGACCUGAGCGCUGGGACAAAGGUGUUGACUUCAUUGAAACUGUGGAAGUAUUGGACGAAAAGCACACUUAUGUUAAAGAUGGGCUUCAUGUACAUCCUGUGUCUGGAAAAGAUCAGAGUAUGUACAGAGUUUCGUGCCAAACUCUAGGAGCAUUUCAUUUGGUUUUCAAACGUGGAAAUAUGGUUGGGGAUGACCACCCUCUGCCGGCAAUAGCAGAAGUUAUAUUGUCUCUUACUUGUAGCAUUCCUUCUUCAAUUGCUCUCAUAGUUGAUGAGCCUGUCAACAGUUAUGACGCUAUAAGGACUGCAGCUCUUGCUGACCGUAGCACAGGGAAAAUCCAUGUCACCCCCAUCACAGUGGCAAAUGGGCAAAUUAUUCGGAUAGCUGCAGUUGGCAUUGAUAGUUCUGGAGAAGCUUUUGCAAACUCAUCGUCUCUUUCUUUGAAAUGGGAGCUGAGCAGCUGUGAAGGGCUCGCAUACUGGGAUUAUGCAAAUGAAGCCAAGUGGUCUAGAUCAAGUUGGGAGAGGUUUUUAAUCUUGCAAAAUGAAUCAGGAGAGUGCCUAGUUCGUGCUUCUGUUAUCGGCUUUGCUAGUCAUUUUUCUGCCAAAUUGCCUACUUUGGAGAUGGUUCUUACAGAUGCUAUACAUUUACAGAUUGUUUCUACAUUGAGAGUUGAUCCGGAGUUCAUUUUAUUAUUUUUCAAUCCCAAUACAAAGGCAAAUCUGUCAAUCACAGGGGGAAGCUGUUUCUUGGAAGCGGCUGUGAAUGAUCCUAAUGUGGUAGAAGUGAUUCAAUCCCCUCCAGGAUUGCAGUGCUCACAGCUGACGCUCUCUCCUAAAGGGUUGGGAACUGCAGUUGUGACAGUUUAUGAUAUUGGGCUUGCUCCUAUUGUUGCUGCUUCUGCUGUGGUCCAAGUAGCAGAAGUAGACUGGAUUAAGAUUGUUACAGGACAAGAAAUAAGCCUUAUGGAAGGACAGAUAGCAUCCAUGGAUUUAGUGGCUGGGAUUAGUGAUGGAAGAACUUUUGACCCUAGUCAGUACAAAUACAUGGAGAUUCAUGUAUGGAUUGAGGAUGAUAUAGUUGAACUCACGGGCAAUAAUGUCUCAAAUCUUGGUGGUGGGUAUGUUCUUGGACCAAAGUUCAAAAUUAUUGCUAAGGACCUUGGGAUCACAACUCUUUAUGUCAGUGCCAAACAGCAAUCUGGACAUGAAAUACUGAGCCAACCAAUAAAGAUAGAGGUCUAUGCACCAUUGAGAGUUCAUCCGCAGGAUAUAUUCUUGGUACCAGGUUCAUCUUAUGUGCUUACUGUGAAAGGAGGCCCAACCAUUGGUGUGUAUGUUGAGUAUGCUUCUUUGGACGAUGGAAUAGCAACUGUUGACAGAUCUUCUGGGCAACUAUCUGGAAUUUCACCUGGAAACACAACGAUCCUUUCCACUGUUUAUGGGAAUGGAGAUGUUGUGAUUUGUCAAGCAUAUGGCGAUGUUAAAGUGGGAGUUCCUUCUUCAGCAAUGUUGAAUGUACAAAGUGAACAACUUGAUGUUGGUCGUAAUGUGCCAAUAUAUCCUUCAUUUCUUGAGGGUGAUCUAUUUUCCAUUUAUGAGCUCUGCAAAAAGUAUAAGUGGACUGUAGAUGAUGAAAAGGUGUUGGAUUUCUACAAAGCAGGAGGCUUACAUGGUGAAAAGAACUGGUUGCAAUUGAAUGAUGAGAAAGAGCUUGGUUUUAUGAAAGUCUUGUAUGGAAGAUCUGCAGGCCGGACAAGUGUUGCAGUUUCAUUCUCAUGUGAUUUUGUUUCCACUUCUUACUCAGAGACGAGGCUUUAUGAUGCAUCCAUAUCAUUAUUGGUUGUUCCUUAUCUCCCUCUUGCUCUCGGACUUCCAAUAACAUGGAUUCUUCCUCCUCAUUACAUUACAUCAAGUAUUUUGCCAUCAUCUUUGGAAUCACAUGGCCAAUGGGAUGGUCAGAGUCAUAAAGGAAUUAUCACAUACUCAUUGUUAAGAAGUUGUGAGAAGAAUGAAGGUUGGCACAAAGAUGCAAUUUCCAUAGAUGGGGAUAGAAUAAAAACAAUGGAGAGCAACAAUCUUGCAUGCAUACAGGGCAAAGAUCGAACCACUGGAAGGGUUGAGAUUGCUUCUUGUGUUAGGGUAGCUGAGGUGGCUCAAAUAAGAAUAACAAAUAAGGAGUUUCCAUUCCAUGUGAUUCAUGUUGCUGUCAACACGGAACUGGAUCUCUCCAUAAGCUAUUUUGAUGCUUUAGGAAACCCUUUCUACGAAGCACAUAAUGCUGUUUCCUAUCAUGCCGAAACUAACUAUCAUGAUAUUGUCUCCAUUGAUGACACAAAAACUGACAGUGAGAAAAUUCAUCUGAAGGCAUUGCGAUAUGGUAGAGCUCUUUUACGAGUAUCAUUCAAGGAUAAUCAACAGAAGUCUGACUUUAUUCUGAUCUCUGUUGGUGCCAAUAUAUUUCCUCAAAACCCUGUCCUCCAUCAAGGCAGUUCACUUCAUUUCAGUAUUGAAGGCAGCCAAGUUUCUGGCCACUGGCUUAGUGCUAAUGAAAGUGUCAUAUCUAUUGAUAUGCCAUCUGGAAAAGCUAAAGCAGCUGGGAUAGGUUCGACCCAAGUGAUUUUUGAAUCUCCAAGUAUGAAAUUGCAAACAACAGUUACAGUGGUAUCAGGAAAUAUUGUUUCUGUUGAUGCUCCAAAAGAGACGCUAACAAAUGUUCCUUACCCAACAAAAGGAUAUAGCUUCUCUGUGAAGUUCAGUGACACUUGCAAUAAGUUUAACGCUGUUGGAAACAGUAAGGAAAUAUCAUACGACUGUAAGGUUGAUCCUCCUUUUGUUGGAUACGCAAAGCCAUGGAUGAACCUUGAGACGGGUAAUUCCUACUGCCUCUUCUUCCCAUACUCACCAGAGCAUUUGGUACGUUCUAUACCGAGAUUGAAGGACAUGAGGCCAUAUAUAUCUGUUUCUAUCAAUGCUUCACUCCGAGAAGCUAGCCAUAUCUCUGGAUCUGCAUCUGCACUUUUUAUUGGAGGAUUUUCUAUAUUGGAGAUGGACAAGCGCAUAAUGCAGUUGAAUCUGACACCAGAAUCAAACAAGAGUGUUCUAACCAUAUUGGGUAAUUCAGAUGUUGACAUCCAAUGGCAUAGCCGGGAUGUGAUAAACAUUAUCCCCGUCCAUAGAGAAGAUCUCGGUAUCGGUAGCCGCACACAGUAUGAGGUCAAAGUGCUAAGACCCAAGAGAUUCAAGGAUAAAAUUAUCAUCACGCUUCCGGCCAAUGGUCAGAGAGUUGAGAUAGAUGUUAACUAUGAACCUGAUGCAAGAGCUGUGCCAAAAACAAUCUUUAAAGGCGCCUUUUUGCCAACUAUAGUUGCAUGUUUCGGUGCAGUACUUGGAAUAAUAUUUGUUUUCCAAAAUUUAUUCAGGAUGCCCAACAGGACUCGGUCUCAUACAUCCCUUGCUACUCAAAACAUUACAGCGCCCCAUACACCUGAGCGCAGCAGUCCUGUUUUGAGUGAUCAGUCGCCUCGAACUCCUCAGCCUUUUGUAGAUUAUGUGAGGAGAACAAUAGAUGAAACUCCAUUUUACAAGCGAGAAGCAAGGAGGAGGUUUAAUCCGCAGAAUACAUAUUAGAGACUCUGAUUUCUUCCCGUAAAUGUGUUGUAUUCACCAUUAACUACUGGGUCGUUUUUAGAUCAUACAUUUUGUUGAUCAAAAUUUUGUUGUAACAUUAUGUAUAUAAUGGGCAACCUUCCACGGAAACAUGGCUAUGUUUGGUUCAUAGAAUAGCCGUUCGAGAUUUGAUUUAAAUUUGAACCAAAAACACCAUUAUUUUAUGGAAUUUCUUUAAUUUUA